UGUGACGAAUGAAUGCCGGAUACAGCAGACACGUUAUGUCAUUGAGACGCGUGUACCUAUGUGUCCCGCGGCGGCGUUAAUUGGCUCCGUGAUGAAUAUUACAAAAUACUGCCGGCUGAAUGGAGAGGCACCGCUUUAAUUACGAUAUAAUGCGUGUCGGUCGAGUUACUCGCGUGAAAGACCAAUCUCUCGCGUCACGCGACCUGCAACACCUUGCUUUCAUUGCGAAUCGCAUCAUUUGUAAAGUCGUUCAAGGAAAUUUCCUUCCAGCUGAAUUCAGAGGGCGAGAUGACGCCAAGCGUGUACAAGGAACGUGCCAGAACGGCUUUCGAUUACGCUGACGUAGACUCCAUGGGUUCGUUGACCAAACAACAAUACAAAAUAGCGAUGGCGGCUGUGUUCGGAUAUCGUCCGGAUAAAGUGGAGGUAAAACAAGUUUUUCAAUCCACUGAUAGAGUCUCUUAUGAAGAGUAUGAAAGAUGGAUAUUUAAAAAAUGUCUCACCAGUGACUUGCAGAUUAACGCGGAAAUAAUAUUUGCUCUGUUAGAUAAGCAUUAUAAAGGGUAUUUAAUUUUGGAUGACUUCUAUUCUGCAAGCAAAUCUGUUGAUCUGAUGGUACCAUCAACCGUAUGGCAAAUGAUAUUCAAGAAUCUAGAUCGUUAUAAAAAAGGAUACAUAGAGUUCGAUGAAUUAUCACGUGUAUUACCGGCAGUAUAAGAACUUACAUAGAGGUAGUCGGACUUAUACAAUGUAACUUAACUGUAAAAUAAAUAAAUAAUAGUAUUGUAUUUUAUCACAA